CUCGCGCGGCUUCCCCGGGAGGCCCGCCGGCGCGCCGGGGGCACCGGGUCGGCACACCGGCUGCUCCGCCCUGGGGCCCGGGGGCGGGGAUCGCGGGGCCUUCCGGCCGAGACGGCUGCGCCCGCGACUUCUCCCUCCGGCCUGGAAGGGGCGGCGCCGAGCGAGCUGGGGCCUGGGGAUACGCCGGCUGCGGUGUGGCCCAGAGACCCUCCUCCCCAGCCCGCUCCGCAGAGCUCUGGCCGCCUCCCCGCCCGGCGACGGCGCCCCUCCCCCAGGUCCGGAAGACUGAGGCCUCCGAGCUCCCCACUAACAGGUCCGGGCUUGUGGGGGCGCGGCUUGGAGAGAGCUGGCAGGGUUCGAAUUGAAGUCUGAAGGUGGGAAUCUGGGGACUCACUGGGUCUCUGGAGAUCAGCAUCAGGGAUUUGAGCCUCUCUCAGGGUUGGAGGUGUUUCCAGGGGUGGCUCAAAAGUAAGGGCUAUGGAAAAUCAGGGCUGAGUGCGGGUGGCCCACACCCCUCCCACCAGCUGGAGGCAUCCGCCAAGUUCCAGCGGGUGCCGGGGGGUUUACAGUCAGAAGAGGGAACAAGGCCGGCCAAUUGUGGGGGCCCCUGACUCCCCCUUUUCCAGGCCAAUCUGCUGAGCAAGCCUUUCCAUGGAGGAUGCCAGCGAGGACCCCACCGUAUUCAGUGCCCAUUCUCUGCCCGGUGACCCCCGGCUCUUCGCCACCGUGACCAACACAUACUUGGGCACGCGUGUGUAUCAUGACACGCUGCAUGUGAGCGGCGUGUACAAUGGGGCUUGUGGGGACACACACCGGGCCAUUCUGCCUAGUCCCCUCAACGUCCAGCUGGAGGCCCCUGCAGAGACCGGAAAUCAGCUGACCAAGACCUUUGCCCUGGACACUAAUACAGGCUCCUUUCUGCACACUCUAGAGGGCCCCAGCUUCCGGGCCUCCCAGCGCCUCUACGCCCACCGCACGCUGCCUCACGUCCUGGCUUUCAGUGUGUCCAUCACCCGCAUGGCCGGGGAGAGCCGACCCAUUACGGUGCUGCUGCAGUCGACCUUCUCCCCAGAAAGCCCGGACCUUCACCUGCAUCUGGGUCCUGACUUCCAGGGAGCCCGGUACCUUUGUGGCCACACACUCACCCCAGAGCAACCUGGGGGGCCGCAGCAGGAGGUACACAUGCUAUGGACACCAGUGCCCCCAGCUCUGACCCUCGGGGAAAGCGAAGAAGACCGGACCUGGGAGUUCCUGACCGUGGUGGGAGGCAGCCAGGCGGAGGCCCAAGCCUGCCUCACGGAGGCCCUGCAGCUGCAGGCGGGGGCCGCUCUGUACCCUGCCCACGCCCAGGCCUGGGCCCAGCUCUGGGCUGGCUGUGGCCUGGACGUGGUGGGGCCCCUACCUCUGCGCCAGGCCCUGCGUGGUGCCCUCUAUUACCUGCUCAGUGCGCUGCCCCAGCCGGGGGCCCCAGGGUACGCCAGCCAUGGCCUCAGCCCUGGGGGCCUGUCCAAUGGGAGCCGAGAGGAAUGCUACUGGGGCCAUGUCUUCUGGGACCAGGAUCUCUGGAUGUUCCCAAAUAUCCUGAUGUUCCACCCAGAGGCCGCCAGGGCCCUCCUGGAGUACCGCAUCCGGACGCUGGGUGGGGCCCUAGACAAUGCCCGGAGGCUGGGCUACCAGGGAGCCAAGUUUGCCUGGGAGAGUGCGGGCUCUGGUCUGGAGGUGUGUCCGGAGGACAUUUAUGGGACCGAGGAAAUUCAUAUAAACGGAGCUGUGGUGUUGGCUUUCCAGCUUUACUACCACGCCACCCAGGACUUGCAGCUCUUCCAAGAGGCCGGUGGCUGGGACGUUGUCAGGGCUGUGGCUGAGUUUUGGUGUAGCCGUGUGGAGUGGAGCCCUGAGGAGGAGAAGUACCACCUGAAGGGAGUCAUGCCCCCCGACGAGUACCAUCCGGGGGUCGACAACUCGGCGUACACCAACGUCCUGGUCCAGAACAGCCUGCGCUUUGCGGCUGCCCUGGCCCAGGACCUGGCUCAGCCUGUCCCUGGUGAAUGGCUGGCGGUGGCCGAUAAGAUCAAGGUGCCCUUCGACCCAAGGCGGAACUUCCACCCUGAGUUUGACGGGUACCAGCCUGGAGAAGAGGUGAAGCAGGCAGAUGUCGUGCUCCUGGGAUACCCCAUCCCUUUCCACUUGAGUCCUCAUACCCGCAGGAAAAACCUAGAGAUUUAUGAGGCCGUGACAUCCCCAAAGGGCCCUGCCAUGACCUGGAGCAUGUUUGCAGUGGGCUGGAUGGAGCUGAAGGAGCCACGGCGGGCGCAGGACCUCCUGGAGAGGAGCUUUGCCAACAUCACGGAGCCCUUCAAGGUGUGGACAGAGAAUGCAGAUGGGUCCGGCGCUGUGAACUUCCUGACGGGCAUGGGGGGCUUCCUGCAGGCAGCACUGUUCGGAUUCACGGGGUUCAGGAUCACAGGGGCUGGCAUGACCUUCGACCCCAUGUGUCUGGCAGAGGUCUCUGGGGUACGCAUCUACGGCAUCUCUUACCAAGGGAACAAGCUUGACUUCUCCUUCUCCGAGGACUCAGUGACGAUCGAGGUUAAAACCCGGGCAGGGCCCUGGGCCCCCCUGCUGGAGGCUGAGCUGUGGCCAUCACACACUCGACUCCCCCUGCUCCCAGGGUACAGAGUCUCCUUUCCCUCCUCAGCUGGACGGAUACAGAGGUCACUCUCAUAGGAAGCAGAGGCAGCAAGUUGUUCUCUUAAGAGUUUCCUAGGAGAAUUUUUGGAAGACGUUAGACACCUGCCCCAGAACCCACAGGACCCCCUGUGGGACACCAUUGGGUCCUCCAACCCCCACCAGUUCCCUUGCCCUGGCGCUGUCUUGGCCACUGCACCUGACUGAUCAGGGCUUCAGGGAUGUCUCGGGUCCUCUCAUCUGCCCGCUCCCUCUGUGGGCGCCCCCAGCUGGCUGCACCCUCAUCAACACCCUCCUGGUCGGCUGAGUCCCUCCCUCCUGCCCAUUCUCCAACCAGCAGUCAGGCUCACAGGCUCCAGGGAAAGUCUGAAUUCGUUGGCCCAAAGUUUAAGAAGGUCUGCCUCCAGCCUGAGCCCCUCCCCCAAUGGCCUCCUCAGCCACAUCUGUGCCUGCCUUUGUGGCUGACACCUGCCGCACCUGUCCCUUCCCCAGGAUGCCUCAGGGUGGGUUGGGGGCGUGGCUUCCUCUCUGCCGAGGAGACAGAGACAGGUGCAGGCCUCAGUGUGAGGGAUGGCAGGGGUGGGGCAUGAGGCAGAAUUGCUCAGUCCCCUGCAGAAUCCCUCAGGAUUCUCAUUUGCGGACCAAAAAGGAGGAACCUGGUGUGUCCGACAGAUGGGGUCGGGCACGGUGGGGUCGAGGGGCUCUCAGGCUGUCGUGGACCCUCCGCAUCCUCAGUCCUUGGCUGCUCCAGCCCCUGGGCCACUUCGGUCAGGUUGGAUGGUCUCCAUCACAGGCCUUUCCUCAGCCAAGAAGAGAGGGGGAUGGGCUGCAGAGCGAGACCUUACAUCUUCCCUCUGACCAGCCAGAAGAACUGAGGCCAAGUGUGCAUGGCUUCAAGGCCACAGGCCUGGGCCCAUCUGUGCUGACGGGCUGCCCAUGGCCCGAGGCUCUGUUCAGCCUCUCCCCCUGGGGCCUCAGCCCCCCAGCUGGCACUCCCACGUUGGGUCCUUGGGAAUUUCUCAAGAGUGAGAUGAGAUCUGCCACCACAGUCUUGGUGAGAGCCCGAGGAAUUAAAGUUGCGUGCCGAGGAAAGUUUGCCCUCA